CGCAUGCGCCCUGCUGCGCGCCAGGAGGGGCUGGCUUUUCCCGCCCAAAGAUGGGGAAGCGCGCGCCACUUCUCGUGCGUUGCUGAAGCGGCGGCGGGUGGGGGCGCUGUGGGGGGCCGUGCUCGGAGGCGAGCGGCCGUUUUUGAGUUAAGUCGCGUGUGUGGUGGGAGCAGUUAAGUAGGUAGUUCUGUGACAGUAAAUGGUCGUUGUGCUGAUAAACGGUCGUUCUGUGGCUGAACUCGUUACCUCAAGCACCAUGAAGGGCUGCGCUGCGUCUUGCUGUGGUGAAGGGAAGGUCCUGAAAAGAUCCGCAGAUACAGAAGGAACAGCCCCUGCCUCUCCCUGCUCCGUGUGUCAGUGUGUUAUACAGGCUGCCUUUGUACACGAGUUGUAAAAGAACAAGAACAUCGAGCCAGGAGAGCGUUAGAGACAGAGUUAUGUGGGAGUGUGUGACACAGAGCAUCUAUAGCAAAGCAGGAAAAAUUCCUUCUGCAGACAUGUCAAAAAGCAGUGGAACCAGCGAAGAGUGUAUAGUGGUGAUGGAUAGGAACACCUUCAGAGUUUUUAGAAUUGCAAAUGGACAGUUUGAAUAAGAUCCAAAUAGUAAUAACAUCAAUAUUCUCACGAAGUCCUCUGCAGAAGUUGGCUGCGUGGAAGGGGAUUGGUACCACUGCCCAGACCUGAAAGACUUUGUCAUCUAGAAACAGCGAUAACCUGGCAAUAGGAUAAAGCACACAACCUGCUCCAAGUCAUCAGGUUUGGGCAACUUUGCCUACAGAACUGCGCUGAGGAUUUCCCCAAAUCCAUGGUGUCCCGAGGCUGAGGAAUGUUGGAUUGAAGGGCGGCACAGUCACUGGAAAUGUGAAGACCUGAUGACUAUGAAGAAUUUAAUAGUUUUUUGGUGCCUUCAAAUUAAAAUGACUUAGCAUCACUUUAUCUUCCAUCUAUGAAUGAAUGUGCUUUUAGUACGUGGUAUUUUCAACAAGUGAUAUAUCUACAGUCUGGAGCGUAGCGCCGCUUUCUAUACCAGCAGCACUGUACUGAGCCUGAUCUUUGGUGAGGAGUUCAAACGGGAGGAGCAUAUUUUCAAGUGUGCAGGGAAUGUUUGAAUAGUCAGUGAACAGCAGUAAGACCUUUAUUUUCAAGUUUUAGAUCUGUGCGUCUGAUGAAGAAUGACACCAUGAACUUCCAGAAGUUCUCCUACACCAAUGAAGAUGAAGCCUGGAAAACCUACCUGGAGAACCCCCUGACCGCAGCCACUAAGGCCAUGAUGAGAGUGAAUGGAGACGAUGAUAGUGUGGCUGCCCUGAGCCUCCUCUAUGACUACUACAUGGUCCCAAAGGAGAAGAGGAUUCUUACAUCGGGUAUGAUGGGACGUAAUGAGCUAGGAAAGAGGCACUGCCACGGAAUGGAGUAUGACUCGGAGAUCGCAUCCUUUGACGGCUCAGCCCAUCUCAUGAAGCUCUUGUCUGAAAACACUUCCAUGGCCCAAGAAUACUGUGAACCACAGAAGAAGAAUGGCUUAAGUCUUGAAAGUAUCCCUAGUCCUCACAAGCCAGCCAUACUUCCACCAGGAACCAGCAAGCUGGAUGCCACCCCAGAUACCUACAUGGUCCCUCCAGGGGACGUGUAUGACAACAACUCAUUGAACUCCCUCUUCGAGACCAUCCCUGUGGCCACACCGCAGCAGAGGUGGCAGCCAGACAGCACUUUCAAAGAGGAUCCCCAGGAGUCACUACUCUUCAGUGAUAUCCUCAAGCCCCAGCCAGAGCUGCCCUGCCCCGAGAGUUAUCCUACGGACGGUGUUAAGAGUGACUUUGAAUACACUCUGGGGUCGCCCAAAGCCAUUCACAUAAAAUCUGGGGACUCUCCCAUGGCCUACCUCAACAAAGGACAGUUCUACCCCAUCACGCUGCGGACAGCUGGAGACAGCAAAUGUUUACACUUGUCCUCAAAUAAAGUGAAGAGUGUUGUGAUGAUUGUUUUUGACAACGAGAAGAUUCCGACAGAGCAGCUCAAGUUCUGGAAGCACUGGCAUUCUCGCCAGCCCACAGCCAAGCAGAGAGUCAUUGACGUUGCUGACUGUAAAGAAAAUUUCAACACAGUUCAGAACAUCGAGGAGUUAGCCUACAAUGCGCUGUCCUUUGUGUGGAACAUCCACGAAGAAGCAAAGGUGUUUAUUGGGGUGAAUUGCCUGAGCACCGACUUCUCCUCACAGAAAGGAGUGAAAGGUGUCCCGCUGAACCUCCAGAUCGACACUUACGACUAUGGCAGUGGGACCAGCCAGCUGGUACACCGUGCUGUCUGCCAGAUCAAGAUAUUCUGUGAUAAGGGAGCAGAAAGGAAAAUGAGAGAUGAUGAACGGAAACAGUUCAGAAGGAAAGGAAAAUGCCUGGACUCCAAUAACAAUGGUCUGAAAGGCUGUUUGCUCUCUGGCUUCAGAGGGAAUGAAAUCACAUUCCUGAGGCCAGAGACUGACCUCGAAACCAAGCCAGUCCUGUUCAUCCCCAACCUCCAUUUUUCAAACCAGCAGAGAUGUGGCACGGCUCUUCCUCCUGCUGUUCCCAACUCUGCAAACAGGCUGCCCCUAAAGCGAAGUGGGGCCUCAUUCACAGAUGAGUUUGACCCAGUACCUCCGAAGCAAACCAAGGAAGAAGAUCCACAGAGAGUGCUGUUGUACGUGAGGAGGGAGUCAGAGGAAGUGUUUGAUGCUCUCAUGUUGAAGACACCGGAUCUCCAGGGCCUCAGAACGGCUAUUUCAGAAAAAUACGGGCUGCCUGAAGAAAGCAUUUAUAAAGUCUACAAAAAAUGCAAAAGAGGGAUCCUGGUCAACAUGGACAACAACAUCAUCCAGCACUACAGCAACCACAUGGCCUUUCUCCUGGACAUGGUGGAAGCGGAGGACAAGAUCCAGGUCAUCCUCAAGGAGCUAUAAGGAGCCACAGUCAGCACUUACUGGGACUUCUUUACCAGCCGGCACGUUUGACCCAAGAGAGCUCAGCCCAGUGUCCCACCUCAUUGCCUCUACUUGAAAACACUGACCUCAGGGGGGGCCCUCACAGCGCUGGGCCAGAGACAGCCUAGAAGAUCUGUUACUGAAGUGAACACAGAACUUCUCUCUAUUGAGAUUAUUAUUGGUAUUUUAUUUUAUUUUAUUCCCUUUUGGAAACGGGCCCAACCUUCUGUUUCCAAGCUGGGAAGGUGCAGCUACAUCAGUGUGGCUGCUGGGUCUGGGCAGCAGUGAGGACAGUCUCUGCUCGCCAUCUGCCUCAGCCCAUAGCCGAUCCAGCCGGGGGCUCUGACUUUCUCUCAGCCCGUCAGUCCCACAGAAGCCUCCAACCAUUUCCAGUAGGGCUGAUCCCAGCUCUGAGCUUCUCUGUCCGCAGAGACUUUCACAGAUAUGUUUAAAACUCACUGUUGAACGGACACUGCCUGCUCCCCUGUCUUCCACCACCAUCUCUCUGUAAAUACCACCAAGGCCUCCAUAGCCCGUUUAUACAUUUCUGAUGUCUUGUUCCUUUUAUAUUUGAUAUGUGUAUAAAUAUACAUUGUUUUAUAUUUGACUCCGUACGGUGACACAGAGCAUUUCAAACAUAGGCUGCUUCACAUUUCUCCGUGAAUUCCUUUUGUAACUGUGUUGUUGGUUUUGUUGUUUUGGAUAUUCCAUAGUAAUAAAGGUUCAAAGACAGAA